GGUACCUAUUGGCAAUUCCUAGAAAAGAAAUACAUGAACGAGGACAGAGGGACUUCAUUUUCUCCGCACUUUCUCUUUCGCACGGAGUAAACCCUAAUGGACGACUUUGCGAUGGGAGAGGUCCUUAGUGUUUCUAACGACAUUCUUCCCGUGUUUCGUCCUUUCGCUAUGGCGACAAUGAAAAGGAGUGACUAUUGUGUGCUGUACCUGAUAUCGAAGACAAUCAUGUAUAUCAAUUCUAAUAACAUAACAGUUACAACAAUUCCGCCAACAAGGUUUAAGUUUGUGGAACAGAGGGUGAUAGAAAUACAUGAGUUUGAAGAAAGCUUAUGUCGGCGAGAGGCUCAAAAGCUUAUCGAGACCUCCAAAGUUUCUCCCUUGGACCUGUUUACAAAGGCGCUUGCCUUAGCAUUGGGUUGUCCUGAAAUCAUUUCACUCCAGGAAAGAAAUAACUUUGUCACGCUGCAUUUAGUAUUACCUGAUCAUCAGAAAUCAUUCAGCAAUACAUGGAAUGUUGCAAAGUUAUUGCGUCAAUAUUUUCCUAAGCUACAGAUGGAACUAUCGAUUACCGCAAAUCGUAGAGGUGCAGUUUUUGAUGUGCCUCUUGAUGAUCUUUAUGGAUAUACUGAAAACGCUCCAAGGGUAUUUACAGAAGAAUAUGGGGUGAUCCGAGUCUUAGAGGAAAUGCCACAAUUAAUGGGCUAGUUUUGGAGUAUCGGUUUAUUUUGCUUGCAUUUUUUGUCUUUUUGAGACCCAAUUUCCAUGCUCUCAUGAUUUUUGUAUCUUUUUAUAAUGUAAAAGGGAAAAAGUAGCCUCAACUAAAAUACAGUAUCAGUUACUUGGUUCACAAUGUAAAAAGAUGAUAGGGUAGAAAAGAACUAAGUAGCCUCAACAAAAAUACUGUAUCAAUUACCAUGCUCUUGGUACGAUUUUCUUUUAUAUGUACUAUCCUCUGCAAGGUCAUUGUUGAUGUCA